AGCGAGGCAGCGAGUGUCGCCUUCACCACUUGACGGAAUCACGAGAGACGGGGAGGCAAGCCACCCGCGCGCGGCAUCUGUCUGUCAGAUCGGGGCGGUAAAACAAAGAGAGAAAGAAAGGGAAGCCUCUGCUGUCCUCCUCCGACUCCUACUACUCCUGACCCCCAGUGCGUCGUGCUCCUUGCUGGUCUUCCUCGCGCACCUCCUGCUGUCAUUCUCCGGUCUCCCUCCCUCCCUCCCGGGUCUCCUCCUCUCCCCAACCACCCGGAGCUCCAUGGCCACCGCACCGUAGCCUUGGCCGGUAACAAGGAUGUUUUAGCCUGACAGGAUCCUGUGGCCUGCACUGCCCAAACGGGAUCAUGGUUGAGACGAAACGCGAGCCUGCCGGAGAGGGGUUACCUGAUGGUUGGCUGAAAGAGUACAGGCCUAGAAAGCCUCGGCCUGGAUCUAGGUUCAGGAGGGACAAGUUCUACAUUGAUCCUACAAAUAGCUACGAAUUUCGUUCUCUCAAAGAAGUUCACCACUAUCUCGAAUCUCAAGAUACCAGUGAUAGUGUUGUGACACCAAAGAAGAAGAAAAUUGAGGACCUGCAGGUUUCAGGGAACAAAUCUCAACAUGCUGGACGGCCAUCAUCAGAGCCCGAGGGUGUCUCCAAAGGGAGGCUUGCAGACUUGGAGCUUCAGGUGGCAAGAAAGAACGAUCAGCGUCUGAACCAUGAAUCUGCUGCAAGAGAAGAAGCAAAUGUAGAGCCGAAACCCAAGGGAAAGAAGCAAAAAACUGAACCCGUGAAACAGAUUGCUGCACCUGUUCGAUCGUCACCUCGUUUAACUGCGCUGAAAAGGAACGAGGAAGCCAAUAAUGUACCUAGAGACCCACUUGUGGACGCACAGACAGAUAUCGCUGAUCAGGUACAACCAACAGAGCAAGUUAAAAAUCCUAAGUCAAAGGCAAUUUCCUCUCCAGUAAUUCAGAAUAAAGAUGGAGCACAUGCCCCAAGUACUUCUGGAAAUGCUGAAGACAAGUAUCCUUCGGCUCCUGAACAAAUACUAGGAGCAUCUGCUGCAUGCUCGUUAACAGAAGUUGGACGCCAGAAUGCGCAUGCUCCGCCGCAACAGAACGGACUUGUCGGAACAGCUGAUGCUAUGCCCGGAUAUUCCCUGUCAUCGCUGUUUCGAAGUAUCUGGUCAGACCCAUGCCUGGAGUUUGCAUUCAGGACUCUUACAGGUGAUCUCCCUGUCCUUGACAACAACCUAGCUGUUGCAAACUACUUCCUUCCACCGCAGGACUCGAACAAAGGGACCGUGCCACCCAAUUGUUCAUCUUCCAGUUAUGACGGUGCUCGGAAGAACCAUGGCCAAGUCGACAGUGUCAGGCUGCCAAUGCCAAUGCCAAUGCCAAGGCCAUCAGAUAAGCUCUACAGCAGUGGCUGGUUCCCUCCUCAGUGAACUCCAUCUGGGAAAUAAGCAACAACUGCCCAAAUUGCAAAUAAGAAGGAAUCCUUAGUUCAGGUCAUACAUAAGCCUCGUAGCGCUCAUCGUUAGGGUACCUCGACAAGGAUGCACGUUUUAAUAAAGACUGUGUCUUGUUGUAACCGCAGUAGAGAUGAUCCAUCGCUAAUAUUACCCAUCAUAUGCUAGACCUUGACGGAACUUUUGAGUUUCUGUAGUAAGUUGACUUAGUAGUAA